AUGGGAAUCUGUUGGUCAGGUGAUGUUGAAGGAGGAAAACAGGCCGUGGGUGGGGCCCAGCUCCGGCCCACUAUGGCCCACAACAAUUUUGGUACCAACGACGCCAUUGACUUCUUCUUCAGAGCUCGUGGUCUCACUGCUCUGUUCUCACAAAUCGAGUUAUCUCUAUCUGCUUCAAAGUUACUUGAUCGCGACAUAACAUCGAAGAGCGAUCCCAUGACAGUUGUUUAUGUGAAGAAAAGAGAUGGGACACUUGAGGAAAUAGGACGUACAGAAGUCAUUAUGAACAACCUGAAUCCUUCUUGGAUUGAAAAAAUCUCAAUCGCUUACCAAUUUGAGAUUGUCCAACUAGUGGUCUUUCAUGUGUAUGAUGUUGAUACCGAGUACCAUAAUCUACCCGUGAAGGUGCUUAAGUUGAAAGAUCAGGACUUCUUGGGAGAAGCCAGUUGUGCCUUGUCUGAAAUAAUUACCAAACCAAGUCGGACUUUAACCAUAAAACUCGGCAACAAAAAUAGACCAGGAGUUCCAAGAAACUUGGGGACACUCUCUGUCCAUGCUGAGGAAACAGUUGCUUCUAAGAGUGCUGUGGAAAUAGCACUCCGCUGCUCCCGUUUAGAAAAUGUGGACCUGUUUUCCAAAAGUGAUCCAUUCUUAAGAAUAUCUAGAAUUGUUGAGAACGGAGAUCCUGUUCCAAUCUGCAAGACAGAAGUAAUAAACAACAACUUGAAUCCCAUUUGGAGGCCAUUAACUCUGAGCAUACAGCAAUUUGGAAGCACGGAUAACCCGUUAAUUAUUGAAUGCUUUGAUUUCAAUAGCAGUGGAAAUCAUAUACUAUUAGGUAAAAUUCAGAAAUCAAUUGGAGAUCUGGAGAAACUUCAUCAGGGAAGAACUGGUGCAGAUCUUAUUAAACCGUCUGCUCAUCGUGGUCGUGAAAAGGUUCUGAAAGGUCAGUUGUUUGUUGAUAAGUUUAUUGAGAAAGAGCAAUAUAGUUUUCUGGAUUAUAUUUCUAGUGGCUUCGAGUUGAACUUUAUGGUUGCAGUUGACUUUACAGCUUCAAAUGGAAAUCCUCGAAAUUCAGAUUCUUUGCACUACAUUGAUCCUUCAAGCCGAUUAAAUUCCUACCAACAGGCUAUAAUGGAAGUUGGGGAGGUUAUACAAUUUUAUGAUUCUGACAAACGCUUUCCAGCUUGGGGGUUUGGAGGGAGAACAUUUGACGGAACCAUAUCACAUUGUUUUAACCUGAAUGGAAGUUCGAAUGGCUUUGAGGUUGAAGGAGUUGAAGGCAUCAUGGCUGCCUAUGCGAAUGCUCUCCACAAUGUUUCUCUGGCAGGACCUACUCUGUUUGGCCAGGUGAUAAACAUGGCUGCACAAAUUACUGGUCAGUCCCUCUCACAUGACAGUAGCAAGUAUUUUGUCUUGCUCAUUAUAACGGAUGGAGUUCUGACAGAUCUUCAAGAAACCAAAGAUGCUUUGGUGAGAGCAUCUGAUCUUCCCCUUUCAAUUCUUAUUGUGGGAGUGGGAGGUGCCGAUUUUACACAAAUGGAGAUUCUGGAUGCUGAUAAUGGCAACCGUUUAGAAAGCUCUACAGGUCGGGUAGCUACACGAGACAUUGUACAAUUUGUUCCUAUGCGAGAAGUUCAAAGAGGACAGAUUUCUGUUGUUCAAGCACUUUUGGAAGAGCUGCCGGGACAGUUUCUGGGUUACGUGCGAUCUAGAGAUAUCAAACCACUCAAUCUUCGCGCGGCCCAAACACCUGCUUUAUAAAAUUCAAAUACCACCAAAAUUCCAAAAUCAGGGUAAAGAUGUUAGGAUUACCUGUUCAUGUGAAGUAGCAAUUGAUGGUACAGAUAG